GUUUAUGUCUUGUUUUGCUCCCUUGUAGAUGGCCCACUAUCAGAUCCAUCAGUAGUGCGUCCAACUGGCCCAAACCAGAUGAUGAACAGAAUGCAGAAUACUGCUGGGAUGAAUUCAUUUGGGAAUCAUAUGGGAAUGCAGUCCAUGGGCCAGAGAUCAACACCACCUCUUAACCAGGGAAGCAUGGUGCCUGGGAGGAUGCCACAGCCGAAUGUUGCACAGAUGCAAAAUCAAUACAUGCAAACUGGACCGUUUCAAGCUUCAAGUCCUGUUCGUAGUGCUGGUCCUGUUGACCUAGUACACGGAGGAAACGAUGGUGCUGCCACUCAACAGGGACAAAUGCCGUUAUCAUCUUUACCAGUCGGGAGUCCUUUAGCCCAACCUGGGUCUGCUGGCGGGGCAGGCAGCGGGUCAUCUGUGGGCUCCUUGGGUCCCAGCAGCAUGAGUGCUGUUCCUCCAUCAUCCACCCCCACCCACUCCAUCAGCCUCAGUCACUGCCCACCUGUACACCAGAAUUCACCUUCACCAGCUCAUAGCCGGACGCCCACACCCACGCCAGGCUCCCAAACGCCUCAGCCCCACACACCCAGCUUACCCCAUUUAUCCUCAAAUGGCAGUCAGCAACAGUUUCCUCCGUCCGCCAGCUCUGACAGCGGCAUGCAGCCAUUAGGAACUCCUCCAGCGGUGUCUCACAGUGGUCUCUCCACACCAAAUGCCAGCCAGCAUCCCCGCACUCCAUUGUCUCAUAAAGGUUCUCUACCAGUUGAUGGCCAGGCCGCUACUCCUGCCUCCGUCAGCAGUGUAGAGGCAUCAUUUCAGCAAGCUCCUUCAGACUCCACAGCCACCCUGGAGCCAAAGGUGGAGGUCAAGGCGAAAGAUGAGGAGGAGGAAGAAGCCAUGGAGGAAGAAAGAACUGCUAAGGAGGAAGACAGUAAAACUGAGGAAAAGCCAGAGGUAAAGAAAGAGGAGCCAUUGAGUGAUGGUGGGCCGAUGGAGACUGCAUCUGAUGAGGACAAAAAACCUGAGAUAAAGAUUGAGCCUAAAGAAGAGGAAGAGGGUUCAGAGUCCGCAACUAGCCAGAGUUCUGUUUCUGGAGCCACUAACAAAAAGAAAAUUUUUAAACCAGAGGAACUGAGGCAGGCCCUGAUGCCUACACUGGAGUCUCUUUACCGCCAGGACCCUGAGUCUCUGCCCUUCCGCCAGCCUGUAGACCCUUCACUGUUGGGAAUACCAGACUAUUUUGACAUUGUGAAAAAUCCAAUGGACUUGUCUACUAUCAAACGAAAGCUUGACACAGGCCAGUACCAGGAGCCAUGGCAGUAUGUAGAUGACAUCUGGCUUAUGUUCAACAACGCCUGGCUGUACAAUCGUAAGACAUCACGGGUCUACAAGUACUGCUCCAAACUGGCGGAGGUCUUUGAGCAAGAAAUUGACCCAGUCAUGCAGAGCCUUGGCUACUGUUGUGGGAGAAAGCUUGAAUUUUCUCCCCAAACUCUGUGCUGCUAUGGGAAACAGUUAUGCACUAUACCACGAGAUGCUGCUUACUUUAGUUAUCAGAACAGUUCACCAAAAUAUGGGCUUCUUGCUGACAGGUACCACUUCUGCGAGAAGUGUUUCAAUGAGAUCCAGGGUGAAACCGUGUCCUUGGGAGACGAUCCAUCCCAACCUCAAACAGCUACAAUUUUCCUGAAUAUUUCUAGAUCAAUCAACAAAGAUCAGUUUGAAAAGAAGAAAAAUGACACACUUGACCCUGAGCUAUUUGUGGAAUGUAUGGAUUGUGGCCGUAAGAUGCAUCAGAUCUGCGUUUUGCACAAUGAAACUAUAUGGCCAUCAGGCUUUGUGUGUGAUGGUUGUCUGAAGAAGUCCAACAAAACCCGCAAAGAGAAUAAAUAUGCUGCUAAAAGGCUUCCACAGACCAAAUUAGGCAAUUUUUUGGAAACGCGGGUAAAUGCCUAUCUGAAGCGACAAAAUCAUCCAGAAUCUGGUGAAGUCACUGUUCGUGUUGUUCAUGUCUCAGAAAAAAUGGUGGAAGUCAAACCAGGCAUGAAGUCUAGGUUUGUGGAUAGUGGAGAAAUGUCAGAGUCUUUCCCAUACAAAUCGAAAGCUUUAUUUGCGUUUGAGGAGAUUGAUGGUGUUGAUGUUUGCUUCUUUGGGAUGCAUGUGCAAGAGUAUGGCUCAGACUGUCCACCACCUAAUCAAAGACGGGUUUACAUAUCCUAUUUGGACAGUGUCCACUUCUUUCAGCCACGCUUUUUAAGAACAGAGGUGUACCAUGAAAUCCUUAUAGGAUAUCUUGAUUAUGCCAAAAGACAAGGGUUUACCACAGGACACAUCUGGGCCUGCCCUCCUAGCGAAGGAGAUGAUUACAUCUUCCAUUGUCAUCCUGCAGACCAGAAGAUACCCAAGCCCAAGCGACUGCAAGAGUGGUAUAAGAAGAUGCUGGACAAAGCUGUCGCAGAGCGUGUUGUGCAUGAUUACAAGGACAUCUUCAAACAGGCAACAGAAGAUCGUCUCACUAGUGCCAAAGAACUGCCCUAUUUUGAGGGUGAUUUCUGGCCUAAUGUUCUUGAAGAAAGCAUUAAAGAAUUGGAGCAAGAAGAAGAGGAAAGAAAGAGGGAGGAAAACAGCACAUCCAAUGAGAGUGUUGAGACAACAAAAGGUGACAGCAAAAAUGCCAAGAAAAAGAACAACAAGAAGACGAGCAAGAACAAGAGCAGUUUAAGCCGAGGAAACAAAAAGAAGCCUGGAAUGCCAAAUGUGUCUAAUGACCUUUCACAGAAGCUCUAUGCCACGAUGGAAAAGCACAAAGAGGUGUUCUUUGUUAUCCGGCUGUUUGCAGCACCCAAUUCUAAUGCUCUUCUGCCCAUUGUUGACCCGGAUCCCUUGAUGGCCUGUGAUUUGAUGGAUGGUCGCGAUGCCUUCCUAACAAUUGCACGAGACAAGCACUUGGAGUUUUCCUCAUUGCGACGUUCCAAAUGGAGCACUAUGUGCAUGCUGGUAGAACUGCACAACCAAAGCCAGGACCGCUUUGUCUAUACCUGUAAUGAGUGCAAACACCAUGUUGAAACUCGCUUCCAUUGCACUGUGUGCGAGGACUAUGAUCUCUGCAUCACUUGCUACAAUACAAAAGGUCAUGAGCACAAGAUGGACAAACUGGGCUUGGGGUUGGACGACGAAAGCAACAGUCAGGUUGCUUCCACAACACAGAAUCCAGGAGACUCACGGCGUCUCAGCAUUCAGCGGUGCAUCCAGUCUCUGGUGCAUGCCUGCCAGUGUCGCAAUGCCAACUGCUCACUUCCAUCUUGCCAAAAAAUGAAACGUGUAGUUCAGCAUACCAAAGGCUGCAAACGCAAGACCAAUGGUGGUUGUCCUAUCUGCAAGCAGCUCAUUGCGCUUUGUUGUUACCAUGCAAAACACUGCCAAGAGAACAAAUGUCCUGUGCCGUUCUGCCUCAACAUCAAGCAGAAACUGCGGCAACAGCAACUCCAGCACAGGCUACAGCAGGCCCAGAUGGUGCGUAGAAGAAUGGCCAGUAUGCAAAGGACAGGCCAACAGCUUCCAGGAGGUGGUUGUGGUCUGCCAUCUCCUGGGAACGGCUGUAAUACUGGUCCGAGCACUCCAACACCGAGCACUCAGCCACCUACCCCUCAGACGCCCACUCAGCAAUGUCAGCCUCCAGCAACUCAACCUGGUGUUGGCAAUGUUCCAUCACAGCAGCAACAGCAGUUGGCAGGGAUGACCCAUCAGUACCAGCCAAUAUCUGGAAGUGGUGGGAUGAUUAACUCCUCACAGCAGUCAAUGUUACCACAGCAGCAGCAACAGCCAACACCAGCUCAGCAUCUCCAGAAUGCCAACAACCUUCCUCCAUAUGUGCAAAGACCUACAGGCUCAUCUCCACUUUCUCAGUCAAUGGGAAAGCCAGGCAUGGUUCCAGGUGGCUUCUCUCAACAGCAACAAUCAAACCUAGGGCAGCCUGUGAUGCCACAACAUCAGCCACCUGGCCCCCCACCUGCAGCUGUAGAAAUUGCCAUGAAAAUUCAGCGAGUCGCUGAGACACAACGACAGAUGGCUCAGCAAAAGAUCCUGCAAAGAAACCAGGCUCCUGGCAUGAUGCCUCCCCAUGGCUUACAUCAGGGUCCGCAAACUCAAAACCAGAUGGGCAUAAACCUUCCUGGCACUGCAAUGGUUGGGCCUUCCCAGGCACAAGUAGCAGUGGCUCGAACUCAAAUGGAUCAACAGCAGGGAAUGGUCACAGCAGGCAUGCAACAGCAGCAGCCAGGACCUCGGUCUCAGCUUCCCCAAGUCCAGUUGCAGCAGGGCCAGCAAGGAGCACCUCAACUUCAGGUGUCACCACAACAGCAGUGGACUGGUCCUGGCAUGCCUCCUCAACAGAGACCAGGGGUAAUGAACCAAAUGGGUCUGCAAGGGAUGGCUGCACCACAACAUCAGCAGCAGCAAGCUGUUGGUCAAUCGCAGCCGCAAGGAAACUCUGGUGUAAUGGGUAUGAUAAGUAGCCAAGGAGGGGCUGCACCUGCAGGCGCUGGUCCUGGAAAUCACUCUCAGGCUGCCUUACAAGACCUUUUAAGGUUCUUAAGAUUACCCAGCUCUCCCCAUCAACAGCAGCAAGUCCUGAGUAUACUACGUUCAAACCCUCUACUCAUGGCAACCUUUAUAAGGCAACGGGCUCCUAGGUACCUUGGUCGAGGUGGUCCUGGAGCAGGAGGUGCAGGUGUUCCAGGUGGACCUGGUGGAGGUCCAGGCAUCAUGGAUGGCCAGCAAAUGAAUGUAAAUCCCAAUGCAGCUCAGGGUGGUAUGCACAUGACACAAGGAACGACCAUGCAAAUGAAUCCACUUCAACAACAACAACAGCAGCAGCAAAUUCAACAGCGUCCUAUGAUGAGUGGAAAUUUGCAGCAGCAACAGCAAAUGGCAGUAUUACAGCAGCAGCAGCAACAAGGUGUUAUGCCCAGUCAAGGCACGAACAUCUCUAAUAUCCCUCCCCAGUUAAGGGAAAUGAUGAGACGGCAUUUGCAGCAGCAGCAGCAACAACAACAACAACAACAACAACAACAACAACAACAACAACAACAACAACAACAACAACAACAGCAGCAGCAGCAUCAACAGAUGGGUAACCAUGCUCAAUUCCAGCAUCCUCAACCACCCCAGCAGCAGGGUUAUCUAGGCCAGUCUGGAAUUCCUCCUCAGCAGCCAGGCCAACCUCACCCAGGUGGUCUCCAGCAACAACAGGGAGGGGCCCAGCCUGGAACCCAGCAAAACUACUCUGGGUCUGUGUCCCAUCAGCAGGUUGCAGCAGCUUUGCAACAUAGGUUACAGCAACAGCAACUUCAAAUGCAACAGCAGCAGAGUGCUAUGGGAGGAUAUCAAGGUGCUGAUGGAGGACCUGGAGGUGGUGGUCCCCUCCAGCAGCAGCAGCAGCAGAUGCAGUCAGCUCCUAUGGGCUCACAGCCGCAAAUGUUUCAGCAAGCUAUACAGCAACGGCUCCUACAGCAGCAACAGUCACACCUCGGAGGAGGAUCUCCUGCUCAACACAAUCCUAUGAGUCCACAGCAGUCCCAGCAACAGAUGUCCCAGUCUCCCCAUUUACAGGGCCAGUUGCCCAAUUCUCUCGGCAACCAAGUUCGCUCUCCCCAACCAUCACCUCGUCCCCAGUCCCAGCCACCAAACUCUAGUCCAUCUCCUCGCUUGCAGCCCCAGCCGUCACCCCAUCACAUCUCACCCCAGACUGGGUCGCCCCACCCAGGUCACCUUCCUCAACACCACAGUGGCAUGGCUGCUCCUCCACCGCCACAGCAACAAGCACAGGCAUCCCAGCAGCAGCAACAGGUUAACGCCAUGGACCAGGGCCCAUUUGGAGCAGACCAGAAUGCUAUGCUUUCACAGUUAAGCGGGAUGGGAGCCUUACAUGGGCAGGGAACAAAUGACAUGCUGACGAAUAACCAGGAUAUGGGCUCGAACAUUAAUCACUCGUUGGAUUUGAUGUAAUGUUGCAGUGCUCAGAGAAAUGUCUUGGUUGUUAGGCUUUGGUCGCAGAUUUAGGAUUUAAAAAGGUUGUCAUCGAUAGUAUUAUUAUUAUUAUUUAAUAUUUUUCUUAUGUAAUUGAAAAGAACUUCCUAUGGGAGAUACUACAUGUGCAAGUCAACAAAUUAAGUUAAAUGAAUGGUAAGUUAUUGUUGUUAAUAUAUAGAUAUAUAUAAAUAUAUUUUUUGCCAAUUGUGUUGAAAGGGUUUUUGGUUUAGGGAUGGAGAAAUUGCUUUCUCCUUGCGAUACGACCAGAAAUAUUUUUGGGGCAUAGAAGUCUGCCUUUUUUAUAGAUAUUUUUUAAGAUUUUAAAUAUGGCAUGAAAUUAAAAAGCAAAAUUCAAAAACAAAAUGGACUGUUUUUUUUUUUCACAGAACAGUCUAGAAUGUCAUCAGUUUGAAGACUUAGAUUUAUUCUCGCAUAUGUAAUGAUUCUGAUGGCAUUGGUAAUAACUGUUAUUUAUUGCUCCGCUCUUUUGGUUGGCUAAUAGAUAUUUUCUUGUUCUUUUAUUUUGAACAGUUUAUGGCAUCUGCUAUUUGAACCUCCUACAAUUCUUGAAGAGUAUAUUUUUGUUAUUGAAUGACUAAACGGAUGAAUUUAUAUUCUUUUUUUUGUAUCUUCUGUUCAUUUUACAAUUUGUUUGAGGGGUUGAUGGGGCUCAAGUGAAGUUUUGGGAAAAGUAUGUAUUUUCUGAUGGCUUGUUGCAUGGGAAAUAUCUGUCCUCCUAUGCAUGUUGCAGUUUUUCCACCCUUCCCAUGAAUGUUUUCACCAUGCCCUCCUUCUCCUUAAUGGAACCUGGUGAUUCUGCAGGUGUGUGUAUAAGUGUGUGUGUUGGACAGCGCAGUGAUCUCUACUAAGAUGAGGGAUUGUGGAUUUUGCAAAUAUUCAUCUUGAACUUCCCUCUGCCGCCUCCUUCACGUCUUUCCAGUAAGGAAUUGUUGCUCUGAUUCUUCACAUCCAUCUCUAGAGUUCUGAACUUUGGGAUUUACUGAUCACCUUAAUGUAUAAAGAACAAUUCUGACCUGAAAAUAAAUUUCUGAAAAUGAAAUGUCUUUGUUAAACAAAUACACAUAUGUGAAUGGAGAUAAGUGGACAGAUGUUUCCUCUUGACGUAAGAUCCUUCGAGCUGAAGAAUAAUGGGCAGCUUAGAUUUAACCUGAGAGAUUUUCUUUUUUAUACAUAAAUGGCUUGGAAAUCAGACGAGCACCAAUGCGCCUUUGUAUGUGUGCUUCAUUAGUGUGUACUAAACCAACACUGACUGUCAUUUAUGUGUGCACAAAUACAGCAAAGAAGAGUUUUAGAUUAAAGAAAACGUGGAAGGUCUUUCUGAUGGCAUAUGACAGUAACCUAUAUAAUAAUUAUUAAUAUUUCUUCUUGGUUAAAGAGGUGCUGGAUGACUUCACAACAGAGGCAAUAUGGCUUUAGACUUAUUUUAUAAAGAUGAAGAGAACAAUAUUUGUUUUAUAUAUAAAUAUAUAGAUAUAUUUAAUUUUAUUUUUGAGAAUAAUAAAGUUUGAUUUUACACUUUUUUCAAAGAUGUAUUGAUGAUGCAACAUGACACUCUUAUACCAUACGUCCCACUUUGGGGAAAUCUGAAAACAUCAUGGCAUUUUAAGGAAAUGUCUUAUGAGUGAAGUAUAUAGAUUAUGAUUCAUUGUAUAAACCAUGGCAAUUUGCUUUGAUCUGUUAAGUUUCAUUUCUAAAACUAACUGGAAAAAAAUCAACCAUACAGUUUUAUGGUUCCUAGUUUUGACCACUUUUCUCUUGCUAACACUUUGGUGCUUGCUGAGAGGAGCAAAAACAAAACCACAAAAAAAAAAACCCUGUUGCUCUGAUUUCAGUAGUUUUACUGUUUGUUUGUUUGUUUGUUUGUUUGGCUGUUCUUUUAUAAGGUUAUUAUGGUGGUCAGAUUUUUUGCCAAUUAUUUAAUUGUACAUUAAAAUGUUUGUACCAUACAAAAAUAA